AUGCAAAGAAGAAAUACGCCAUUUAGAAGGGGAACCCCAUCGUUAUACCAUCAUUUAUCAAUGUUGAAACCUUCUUUUGCUACACGUGUGGACAACGUACUACAUUAUGACAAGACUAUUACAUUUAGAAGUGAAAUUAUCCCUGAUAAAGCAAAGGGAACUUUGAGUACUAGUCUCUUAUAUUCUCAAGGUAGUGAUAUCUAUGAGAUCGAUUGUUCAUUACCAUUAGAUUCGUUUUACACAUCUUCUUCUUCUUCAUCAAGUAGGAAACCUGUAAAGGAUGAGAAAAAAAAUGAUAGUCAGGAAACUACAAAGGAUAACAAAGAUAAAGACUCUGAAAAAGAAAAGAGCAAGAUUCCAAGUUUUGAUGAUGCUUUUGCUGGCGUUGAGGGUAAACGUCUAUCUCCUAAAUGGGCAUACCUAGGGGAAACAGUAUCUAAGAUGAGUUAUUUAGAUAGUUCGGAUGAUAGUACGAUGAUUGCAAUGUCUAAAAAUGGUUCUUUAGCAUGGUUCCGUGAUGGAAUUAAAGUCCCAGUUCAUAUUGUUCAAGAAAUGAUGGGACCAGCUACAUCAUAUGCAGCUAUGCAUUCUCAUGUAAGACCUAACAAUUUGGCAGUAUCUGAUUUUGGUUUAUCGGCCAAUUUAGAUACUUUAGUAAAAUCUCACAGUAACGGUUCUGAAGAAGAUAGUAUCUUAAAGAUCAUCGAUAAUGCAGGGAAACCAGGUGAAAUUUUAAGGACAUUACAUGUCCCUGGAACUACAGUUACACAUACAGUACGAUUUUUUGAUAAUUACCUUUAUGGUACAUGUUCUGAUGACAACACAUUAAGAUUUUGGGAUACUCGUACUGCAGAAAGACCUUUAUUCGUUUUAACUGAACAUCAAAAUGGUAGAUUAAAUUCUUUUGAUACUUCACAAGUUACAGGUGAACUAUUUGUUACAGGUUCAUCUACUGGUGUCAUUAAGUUAUGGGAUAUUCGUGCUGUUGAGAAUGCUACUACUGAUUUGACACAUAGACAAAAUGGUGAAGACCCAAUUCAAAAUGAAUUGGUAUCAUUAUAUCAUUCUGGUGGUGAUUCUGUAGCAGAUGUUGCAUUCUCAGAUACGUCGUCAUCUGAAUUUAUCACUGUAGGUGGUACAGGUAAUGUUUAUCAUUGGGAUAUGGAAUAUCUAUUUGGUCGUAACGAUGAUGAUAAUGAGGAUGAUUCAACGACGACAGCCGCUCCAGAAGAAUUACAAGGUCAGUGUUUGAAGUUCUUUCAUACUGCAGGUGGUAGACGUACUUCUGCUCAACAAGGUAAAAGAAAUAUUGUGGCUAUGCAUCCAGUGAUUGAAGAUCUUGUAUGUACUGUCACACCAGAUAGUCAAAUCUCCUUAUAUAGACCAUUGAAAUUAAGGACGGUGUGA